UGCAGCCCGAUUCCCUCCAGAGCGGGCGGCGGCGGAGGCACCAUGGGCUGCGGGGCGUCGCUGGGAGCCUGGGCGCUGCUGCUCGCCUUGCAGCUGGUGCUAGUGGGGCAGCCCGUGAAUGCGGCUGGCUGGAAGUGCAACACCAUCUAUAAGGGUUUUGCAGAGUGUCUGGUUAGCCUUGGAGACAGCAUGGCUCAAAAUGUUCAGAAGGACAUGGAAGAUGACACCAUCCAGGAUCAAGAGGAGUUGAACACCAUCUGUCGGUCCUGGGAUGACUUCCACGCCUGUGCCACCAAGGUUUUAUCCAAUUGCCCUGAAGAGGCAGCCAACAUCUGGGAGUCCCUUCGGCAAGAGUCCCGAAAGAUCCAGUUCCAAGGCAAUCUACAUGACCUGUGCAGCUCACGGGCUCAGCUGGCUGGCGAUGGGAAGGCUUUACGUGUAGAUGAGACCAAUCAAGAGACGUUGAGGGGGGCAGCUUCUCUUCUCUGGCCCAGCCUCAUGGCUAGAUUGACUCUUGUAGCUCUUAUGACCCUGGCACCCUUUGCUUAGUGUGGGAGCAGUGGAGAAGCCCUUCCUCCUCUAUUGUCCACCAUGGUAUGGACUGGGGACCUUGUUCUGCUUCUUUCUAAAGGAAUAUUGUCAAGCUUAGGGGUUGAUGGCAACGCCUGGUGUGCCCUGAUUACAGGGUAUCUGGUCUCUUACGUAGGAUGACAGGAGGCUAUGAGGCUUGCCUGCCUGGAAACUACCUGGGUAAAAUCACAUCAGGUGUAUGUAUUUAGUCAAUUUAUUCUCUCAGCAUAUGACUCAAGGCAACAUACAAUCAAAACAAAUUACACUAGAGGCAAUAUAAUAACUAAGCACAACCAAUCUGGACCGGUCCAGAAGAUCUUCUGACCCAAUGCCUGGGCAUGGGGGGGGGGAGGAAAGAUCUUCAAAGCCUUACCAAAGGUAGGGAGGGUCAUCCAGAUCUUGGGGGAAUACUAUUCCACAGGGCAGGUGCAAUAACAGCGAAGCAAUGACACCCAUAAGAUGUCAUUGCAUAAGUGAUGGGAAUUGGAGCAUGCCAACUCUGUUCAAUCUUACUGGAGAUGCCAAAAUAAUUGGAGACAGGUGAUCUCACAAAAAUCAGGCUCUAUUAUGAAAAGCUUAAAAGCGAUAGCCAGCACCUUCAAUUGUAUCUAGAAGCUCACUGGCAACCAAUACAGCUCACAAAGUAGACGCGUCUUAGUUGAGAAUAUUAGCUACAUUCAUAACUGUGGCCACUGCUGCAUUCUGGACCAGUUGUAGCUUCUAAGCGAUCUUCAAAAGCAGUACCAUGUGGGUUGCAUUACAGAAAUCCAGACAGGAGGUAGCCAAGACAUGGCCACGACUAGGGUCCUCCUAAUUCAGGAUGUGGUUGCAAUUGUUGCACAAAUGUACGUGCAAAAGAACCCCGAGCCAUGGCUACUACCUCCUGCUCUCUAAGCAGGAGUUGUGAGUUUGAGAGGUUCCCCAAAUCAUGCAUCCUGUACAGAAGCAGAGAUGGAAAAGUCUCAAAGUCCAUAGUCACUUCAUCACACGAAGGUUGAGCCUAAAUCUGUUCCUCCCCAUCCAGAACUCCCACAGCCUCCAGAUACUGAUCUGGGACCUUGAUGGCACGAAGCACAAUCUUUGAAUAUGCUAAAGGUGCGCCUUCUUUCCUUACACAUAUUAAUCAUGGAAGCUGGCACAUACUAGGAGUUGCAGGUUCCUAUCCCAGGUUUCUAUCUGGUCUUCUCCUUCUAUCUUCUCCGCUUCAUGUUUCUCACCCUCUUCUCCUUCAUCCUGGACUGCGUAUUAAGUCAGACCAUGAGGUCCCUCUCCCUUUGUCAUAUCCGUAUGGAUUGGUAGAAGGCAAAGCUUUCCCAGCUUUCCCUAGGAAGAAUAGGGAUUAAUUCCAGAACAUUCUCCAUGCCAAGCAGGAGAAACAUGACCAUGAAUCAUGGAUCUUACUCAACCAUGACCUGGCCCUACUCAAGAGACCCGCACUAGAGAACUUUUCUCAAAGGUGCUCAAAUGUGUUCUGGUGUCCCACAGUCCUUGUGUCCAUGUUUUCGGGGAUAUCUCAUUAGGAGAGACAAUCUGGUGAGAGAUGACAUGAGGGCUUGGUGAUCUUCAAUGAGCUUAGCCACUUAAUUCUGCGUGCUGGUCAUUUAUGUGUGCACUGACAUCUGUUUGGUGGCUACUUUAUUUUAUAGGUUUCCCAGUUCAUCCAUUCAAGAAGACAUUCAUCUGUAGCUUCUUCUUUUUUUGUGUGUGGAAAGCAAUUAUUUUAUUUUUACCCACUUGGUACUUUUAUGUUUCCCAUUGGGUUCUCCAAUUUUUGGCCACCUGGAAGGCAAAAUGAAUCCAGUGCUGUGUGUGUUUAUGCACAUAUAUGCAAGUUUGGUGUAUUCGGGUCUUUUCCCGUGUAAGAUUGAGAGUAUCUUGGCGAUGUUUCGAUGAGGUCCCACUCGUCAUCUCCAGGCUGGUGUCUUCGGCUUUGUGCCUGUGCGAGGAAAGCGUGAUCGGAGCUGCCGUCUCUCUAUAAAUACUGGUGGGGAGGUGUGGGGUGCUGGCUUUGGGGUGUUGGCAAUGUAACAACACAGGCAACCAACCCGCUCACAGCAGCAAAGCCAGCAUCCCACACCUCCCCACCAGUAUUUAUAGA